AGCACAAUUUACGUAUGCAUGAAUUGAGCACUCUCUCGGGUCAUCCUUCCGCCAUAUUCCGUUUGGUCGAUAAAAGUAGAUGGAAAUCGGUAUUGAGACUUUCUUAAAACCAGCUUCGUCUACCUCCUUGCUGGGCUAACGCCAGCCAAGGCAGGAUUACCACCCAGUGUAAACAAGCCUGCCUGAGGGAAAAGAUCACUCAGCAAUCCUGAACUGGAUACCUGCCUCACUGCAAGUUGUGUUCACACUUUGUGGAAUACAUUCAUACCUCUCUGAAUUCUAAACCAGUGGCUGUUGGAAUAAACUUUGCACUUGAAACUUUAUCAUAGAGAAGGUUGGCUGUAAUCUUGCAAAAAGAAAUAGCUAGAGAAAAAAAAGGGUGCAGAAUUUGUCUGCACCCUUCCUCUUUGAUAAUCUGUUUUAUAGGCCUUACAAGUUUGAUAAGAGACAAGUGAAUUGUCAUAUUCACACAGUUUUCACCAGGGAUGCCAUGCAUUGCUUUGAGUGAACUUGAACUUCAUAUAUGUACAGGUCCUGCCAUCAUAUUCCAAGGAAUUUUAUUGAACUCAACAAUUGCUUCUCUCAGUAUCUCGAACCAAGUCAAAGACUUUCUUCAAAGGAGGAUUAUUUUUUUAAGGCUUGAUAUUCUGAACGCUUUGCCUUGAUACUUUGCAGAGAUAACUCACAGUGUUAUGGCUGAGCCAUUAGAAGAAUUGGACAGCUUGGUCCAUGUCAACCCUAGUGAAGCGUUCCCAAAGCGCCCUCUCCAUAAGGAUAACCCAGCUUUAGAAUGCCCCUUCCCUGAACUGUGUGGAGAGAGUAUAGAGUUCAUUGGAGAGGCCUCUGAUGGUGCUGUCAUUGUACUCUCCAACUACAGGCUUCACAUCUGCUAUGCUAAAUCAUUUGUCAAUGUACCUGUUGGUUUGAUUGAGAAUGCAGAAUGUAAAGAUCAGGAGUGCCUUGUUGUCACUUGCAAAGAUGGAAAAUUAAUCAGAUGCCAGUUUGAUACGAGUGAUCAGUGUCAGGAAUGGUUAUAUCGUGUCUUGAAGACGCUUGAAAGACCUUCAAAGCUUGAUGAUAUCUUUGCAUUUUCCUUUCAUGCCUGGUGUUUUGAUCAUUUGCAUCGAGAAUCUGAUGGCAUGGAACCUGGCGUUUGUUUUCUUGAAGGAUCUAGUAAAGUUGUACACUGCAAAUUCAGAAACGAAAUUGAUCGUCAAGGAUUUGAUUUAAAGAGAGCAUGGAGAAUAUUUGACAACUCAGAUUUCAAGUACUGCACAACCUAUCCUACUCAGCACAUUGUACCAAAAGAAAUUGAAGAUGAUACUAUGAAGAAAUCUGCUAACUUCAGGACAUCAAAGAGGUUUCCAUCAGUAGUUUGGAGACACAAGGGCAAUGGGGCAGUGAUCGCUCGUUGCAGUCAGCCUGCUGUGGGAUGGUUUGGAUGGCGGAGUGAAGAAGAUGAAGGAAUCAUGUCAGCCAUCUUGGAUGCAUGUGCUAUGGAUGAUCCAAAGAAGAAUAAGAAGAGUUGUCAUAGCAAUGGUCAUGUUAGAUCAGAAUCAAAAGGGAUUCCAAAUGAUCAAGAUGAUACAAGGAGAGGAGAGUAUGACCGUCAAUCCAAGACGAUUCUCAUCAUAGAUGCUAGGUCCUAUGCAGCAGCGUUUGCAAAUAGAGCAAAGGGAGGUGGCUGUGAAUAUCCAGAGUACUACACUUGUUGUGAUAUAGAGUUCAUGGGUUUGGCCAACAUACACACAAUCAGAAAGAGUUUCAAUACUGUCCAUGCACUCUGUAGCAAUAACAAUCUGGAUCAGAGCACAUGGUUAUCUAAUUUGGAGGCGACCAAAUGGCUUCAGAAUCUAUCCAUGCUCCUCAAGUCAUCUAUCAAGGUAGUGACUGCUAUUGAUCAGGAUGCUAGACCAGUCAUUGUACAUUGUUCAGAUGGUUGGGAUAGAACUCCUCAGAUUGUAGCAUUGGCUGAGAUCAUGCUUGAUCCUUUCUAUAGGACUAUGCAGGGUUUUCAAGUUCUUGUUGAGCGUGAGUGGCUUGACUUUGGUCAUAAGUUUGCUGACCGUUGUGGUCAUCGUCCUGGUCAAGAUGAUGGUAAUGAGAGAUGUCCAGUAUUCCUUCAGUGGCUUGAUUGCAUCCAUCAGCUUCUUAGGCAGUAUCCUACAGCGUUUGAAUUCAAUGAAACAUUCCUUGUGAAACUAGUACAACACACUUAUUCUUGCCUGUUUGGGACAUUCCUGUGUAACAGUCUGAAAGCUAGACUCAAGAACUCUGUCAAGGAGCGUACCUGUUCUGUCUGGUCUCUUCUUAUCGUAGAGGGUAACAAGUACAAGAACUUCCUCUAUGAUUCAAAGAUAGACAAGGUAUUGUACCCAACAUGUGACAUCAGGGAACUUGACCUGUGGAUUGCUGUAUACCUAUCAGAGACAUCUCACAGUAUCUGUGAGGAUUCAGGUCCUCCAGUCCAACAAGCAUCACAGUCAGGACUCAAUCCUGCAGAAAGCCCAAAGCUCUCAAGAACUCGCUCCUUUGACAAUAUCCACAAGUCAGUGAGCGAAGAUGAGCCUAGCCGAGGCAACAUGGGAGGUGAUACACAGGGAUUGACCAGGACCUCCAGUGACCCCAAUCUGAGUGACUUAAAGAUAGAAUCCACUCUUGGGACAUCGCCAAAGAAUCGCAUAAUCCCACCGCUGCCACUAGAAAGGGAAGAUGAGGAAGCCAAGGACACUCAAGAUGAACCAUUGACAAACGGACAUACUCAAGAAGAUGGAAGUGAUAAUGAAGAGGGAGAGCGAGGACUCACAAAUGGCCAUGGAGUAGAAGAGAAUGGUGACUCGGCAGUGACCCUGACUAAUGGUGUCAUUGGUACUCCAGAAGACUGUGAACAGCAAGAGAUUAAUGGAAAUGGCCAUGAUAUCAGGUUGAGCAAUGGCUUGACUAAUGGUCAUACUGAAGAGGAUUUUGAAGGAGAAAUUUCAGAAGGAAGUCCUUUGUCCUCAACUCCAAGAAAGACACCAAGAACGAAACAUAUUUUGGAUGCCCAUAUGGAGAGUUCUACAGAAACUGUUACAGAAGACUCAUCUCCAGAACACAAAAGAACUGAUGAUCCAAAGGUUCAGAUGGGUCCGACUGAUUGCAAUGGAUUUGACCAUUCUCCUGUUGAAUCAAAUGGGGACAUCACUCCUAAUGGAGAUAUUUUGAAUGGACAUGCUGCCCUGAUGAAAGGAUUACUCUUUCAAAGCUCUAGCAUCAGUACAAGCACUAGUGACAUUAGUAAUUCUCAUGUUGGGUACCAGGUUAAACAGUCUGCAAGUGUACCCAUCCAGACAGGACAUCACAUUCCACACUUGCCAUUGUUAGAUGAUGGAGACAUCACACCUCUAGCAAAUCACCUUAGUAAACUAUCUUCCCUAGGGGUUAGCCUUUCUAAUGGACAUAAUAAUCACAUCUCACAGUCAGCUGUGGUAGGAUCAGAACCAUCUUUCUCUACAUGUCUUAGCAGGACAUCCAGCUGCAGCAAUAGCAACGGUUUGGAGGCAAUGGUUGGAGAUGCCUUAGGGGAUUCCCAGAGGCAGUUGAAGCUAGGUCGUCACCUGGAUCUGGAUGGACUGACAUGUAUCAAGGAUCCUAGACAACGUAGAAUGCUAGGGAUCCUACAGGAGCAGCAACAGAAGAUGGAGGUGAUGAAACAGAGAGAGCAGAUCUUACUCACCAUCAUUGAAAGGUUGCGGGUUGCUAAUGAAGAAUGCAGUCCUAAUCUAGCCUGUGCAUUAGAUGAAUUAGAGAACUGUAAUCUGUUGAACCCUGAAGAUGAAGAAAAUCGAUCCCAUUCACGAUGUAACUCAAUUAGAUCAGAUGUAUCUUGGGAACAGAUAGAUGAAGGAGAUACUAGUCGAACACUCUGGAUUCCAGACCAUGCCGUUAGUCACUGCUCAUUGUGCAAUAGCAGAUUCAAUCUAGUCGUCAGGAAACACCACUGCCGGAAUUGUGGUCAGAUCUUCUGUGCAUCCUGUAGUAACUUCUUCAUAGCCAUCCCUCGAGAGCAGCUCUACCAACCACAGAGGGUCUGCCAACCAUGUCAUCAACGCCUUGAGGUUGAUGCCCUUCAUAGACAUGAACAUGCACUGGAGGGCAGCAGACAGAUGGGUACAGUCCGUGAUGGUUGAUUACUCUAGGUAGUCAGGAGUGUUUGCUUUUAACCUAGGAUGCAAUAUGCUAUUCAGAUGUAUAUCAAAGAUAGAAUAGAAUUAUAACACUUGUAUAUUACAAGUGCAUUUCAAAGGACAUAAUAGGGUUUUACCUAAGAUUUGUCUCUAAAAUUGUAUCUUACCCAUGCCCUACUCGUCCUAUUAGUCCAAUUUUAAGUGUGGUAUAUUAUAAUGGAUAUUGACUUGACAAUGAAGUAUAGGUGAUAGCAUCUGUCAAGACCUUCUUCACACCAGUGACCAUUUAAAAUGGAAUGAUAUGGUGUGGAAAUCUCUAUUUCGAUGAGUGACUCACCAUCACAAGAAGGAUACCAUUUAGUAUGACUAGUUAUUUGCUCACAGUCUCAUGAACACCUCUUGAGCCCUCUUUUCACAAAGAGUAGCAGUUGAUCCAAUCAAUCUUUACUGUGGAAAGUCAUUUACAUUACAAUUCUUCAUGUAGAAGUUAUCUGCUUUGCAAUAUUUGAGUGUCCUUCAUAUCAAGAGAACAUUUCAAAAGAAAUUGUGCAUGUCAGAUGAAGGUAUCACUGACUAUUGAUUGCUGAGAUUAAUUAGAUCAAUUACCACUAUUCUUUGUAGGAUAAAAAAAUUCAUCGAAAUCGGAUGUUAAAUAAUAAGUUAUGACAUUUUAUAGUUCAAUGUCAAGUCCACCCUAACAAAAAGUUUAUUCAUAUGAAUAGAGACAAUUCAAAUAAUCAUAGUAAUAAGAAAAUUUUAUCAAAAUCAGAUGUUAAUUAAUAAAAGUUAUGACAGUUUCCCUCAAUUUAUGUGUACAACAUGAAAAAUAAGAGAGCUGAUAAUAUAAAACUCUUUUUAUUUCCUUGUAUUUUACUGUAUGGAACAUCACAUAUUUUAUUUUCUUUUAGAUUUGAAGAAGUUCUUGAUUGAAUUGCAUUGAGUUACAAUGUUGGCGAUCUCACAUUUUAAAGGUGGAGAUAAACCAUGGUUUGAAAAUAACAACAGCUAUAAUUUGAAAUAUUCUGUUUAAAAUAUAAAUGAAAUGAUGAAUGUGUGAUAUUAUUGAUUCCCUUAUAUGUGUAUCCCUAGUAUUGUGCACAUAACUGUUUGGGAAAUAAAGUGAUAUUUUAAUUGGAAAAAAUCUGAUUUUGAUGUGCAUUUUGGCAUACUCCUGUAAUCCCAGCAAUUUGGGGGAAGUUACAAAAUGAUGCAGAGGUUCAAGCCCUGGUCACGUCUUUUGGAUGGUGACGUGAAAGGUCGGUCCCAGAUAUAAAUAAUCAUAUCUGAUCGAUACACUUCUGAAAAAAAUCAAUUACAUACACACACAAUCUGAUUCUGAUGAAACUUUCAGCAUUAUUCUCGUUUGAAUUUCUUCUACUUCUUCAUAUCAAUUUUUCAUUGGGAUGGACUUGGACAUUGAUACAUGUAGUUACCUUGUCGCCUUUGUCGGUAUGUCCUUCAUUUCAGCUGAAAUGUCCUACUAUAUAACAUGUAAAUCUAAGUUAUGAAUGUAAAUGUCUAAAGGUAUUUCAAGUUCAAGUGAGGUUGUAUGAGCAACAUUUGUGUACUCUCCAUUUAUCCCCACACUUAAAUCUUCUAAAGAAUUAAGUGUUUGUAAAUAUUCCCAAAAUUAAUAUAUAAAAUGAUAUCUAUUUUGCUCUUGUAAGCAUUCAUUUCUUAAUGAGAGAAUGCUUAUAUAAAAUCAGUUUCAUAGCACGUUAAAUGAAAGUGAAAAGAAAAGCCAUUACAUGUACAGCUGGUAAAGAUUGGUAUGAAAGAUCAUCAUGAAGAUACCCAAUUCAAGAUAAACUUUAUUAUGUCUUCAACACAUAAUCUCUGAUUUGCUGCUUCUGUCAUUCAACAGAGGAAGCUAAUAUAUCCCUUUAAAACAUUGAACUUAGAAUACAAUAUAUACAUGGAUUAUCAGUGUAAUGUGACAUAGAGAAGUCAGUCUUACAAUCAUAAGCAAUUCUGGUUUUGCCAAAGACUAAAGAAACAUCAAGCAUUUUGUUGGUUGGCAGUUGAGAAACAAAAAUGAAGCUGCAGUGGUGUAAAUAUAAAGUGCCUUUCUGUAGGUUGAUGGCAUUAUAUUAAUGCUCAUCAAUCAUUUGAUGAGGAACUUAGUGCAGAAGAAAAUAUCAAAUUGGUAAUGCAGCAUCAAUAAUCUACAUUUUAAAGAAUUUAUUCUCAUAUGGAAAAGUAGUGCAGAAAAUGCUAUGUAUUUUGGUAAAGAUACAAUUAAUGAGAAUAGAAGUUAAAAAAAAAAAUUGUGAUCUUAAAAGCUUGAUCAAAUAAGUUAAGGAAAUUUUGUAAUCCUACUACCUGAUUUUCUCUUUUGAAAUUUUCAUUGACUAUCUUGUGAUUCUAUGAAAAGUAAAUAAUUGAUUUAAUGCCCAGAAAAUGCUCCCCUUUACCAUCAUUAAGAUAUAUUGAGAUCUGAAAUAUUCUAUUACUAAAUGUACGUUUGAGCAGAAAAUCUUAUUGUUUCAAGGAUAUAGCAUAUAGGGUACAAAACUUGUAUUGUCAGUAAAUAGUUGUUUAAGAAAAAUCAUAUAAUUAAGAGUAAAUAUAAUAAACAUAAUAUAACUAUGGUAAUGUUAAUGCGUUGUGAAGACUGAUUAUCUUAAAAAUGGAUGUCUAUGUAAUCUUGAUAUAUUCAUGUGCAAAAUGGUUCAAUCUGCUCAAGAAACUUGAAUAUAUUCAUAAAGGAUGUGUCCUAAGUAUAUAUUUUACUAAAACGUGUGUUGUAUGUUUAAAAGCCUGGGUGGUAAAUGUCUGAGCAUUUUGCAUUAACUUGAGCAUGCUUUGAUAUCCAGUCCUUUUUUUCAUUUGCACCAGUAAAAGCUUGUAUGGGUUUAUGCUAAAAGUGAAUUCUACAGAAAGUAAUAUCAUAUAAUAUCCUUCAAAAUAUUGACUUUAUCACUCAACAAAGCUUGUAUCAUGUGGAUGUAGAUAUGUUACAUAUAUAAAUGGUAUUAUUUCAUUUGCAGCUGUGAGCAAAGCAAAGCAAUGCAUAGCAAAUUGGUUUAUUAUUCAGCUUUCAAGAGGCAGGACAAUGUACAUAGAUUUGAUGAUUGCAAUUUCUCUGAUUAAAGAUAUUUAGUAAACACACCACAAUAUUUAUACAUUGAACACACACUCCAUUCGCAUUACUACUUUUGCUAUUUUAAAUGCUAAGAUGUUAAUGUAAUUGAAUAGUAUAUGAAAAAGAGGAGUGGUUUAGUAAUCUGCUGACCAGAGUUUAAACCAGGUAGAUGUGUUAAUGCUCUCAUUGUCACAUCCUUUGGAGAGGAUCUUAAGCCAUCAGUCCUCUGGUUUCUAACUAACAGGCAUUCUUACAUUUAUUAUCAGUAAGUUAAACCAAACUGCCACUUCACUACUGAAAUACAUUAUGUAGACUCACAAUAUUUCAUAAUUAAAACCUUUUAGUAAGGUAAUAAAGAUGCAAUGUGGCAAAAAUUGUUUCAAGUGAAACUAGGUAUUUUUUUCUCUCAUGCAUAAAUCAUAAUAUUAGAAGAAUAAUUUUUUAUUUUUUUUUCUGUAAUACUUGCUGUUGUUUGUCCAGUUUCAAUGUGGCCAGGAUCAAAUCGGGGCCACAAUACCUCCAAAAUAGGUUAGAGUAUGGGACAGGUUUAUGUGACAAUUUGAACAAGAAUUUUUUUAAAUUUUUAUUAUCAAUGUAUAUCUCAACCUACAGAUACAACAAUUUAUUUCUGUAUGGACUAGGCAAAGGUUUGUUAAGUAACAACAAGAAAGUAGCAUUUGCUUGUUAACUUGUAAUUGAUUUAUUAUUACUGGAGUGAUUUAUCUAUUCUACUCUGAUAUCAUCAAUUCCAACAUAUGGUAUUAUCUAAGAUUCAUGUAUUAAUGGUCUGUGUGUGAAUUAGCUGUGUCUUAUCAUUUCCAAUUGUCUGAAACCUUUAACUUGUUUUCAGCCAGAGUAAAUUAAUCUUAAAUGGAAAGAUAGUAGUAUAAAGGAUCCAUUCUCCUUAUUUUAUUCAUUUAAUUUUGGUCAAAUCAUUCUAAUAGAAUUUGUCAGCAUAUUAUUGAGCUUUGUAAUAUAUGCCUAAAAACUCCAUUCAAUUAUGAAUUAGUCAAAGAUUGCUAAAUAAUAACAUUUUCUUUUUGUAAUCCAGGUUUAAAAAAUCACACUUCUGUCCUCUUAAUGAUUUUGUUGCCUGUUGAGAGUAUAAUAGAAAUUAAAUUGCAUACCACAAAUAGUACACAUAUUUUGCACUAGGGUAUAUGAAAUAUUUCAAUAGAAACGCAUGUGAAACUGGUAAUGAAAAGUGCCAUAAUAAGUUCUUAGGAGUAUCCAAUUUGAAUCACCCAUCAUGUUGAUUCUUAAACCCUAUUUUUUAAGGAUAUGUUUUCCUUUCUUAACGGUCAAGUCCACCUCAGAGAAAUGUUCAUUUAGAUAAAUAGAGAAAAAAUCAAACUAGCAUUUCAUCAAAAUCGGAUAUAAAAUAAGAAAGUCAUGACAUUUUAAAGUUUUGCUUAUUGUUCACAAAACAGUGAUGUGCACAAUUUUGUGACAUGCAAAUGAGACACCUUCAAUGAUAUUCUUCACUCACUGUUUCUUUUUGUUGUUUGAAUUAUUCAAUAUUUCAUUUUUUACAAAUUUGACAAUAAGGACCAACUUGACUGAACCAUUGAGUAUUAAACAAUGCUAACUUCACAUGUUCAGGGAGGAAUUAAUUGUUGCUUCAUUGACAAUGAGGAGAAAGUUAGAAUAUUUCAUAUAAGAAAAUACAAAAGAAAUAGUGAGUGGAUGGCAUCAGUCUCAUUUGCAUACCGACCAGGAUGUGCAUAUAACUGUUUUGUGAAAUUAAGUGAAACUUUAAAAUAUAACUUUCUUAUUUUACAUCCGAUUUUAAUGAAGUUUUCAGUGUUCUGCUUGUUGGAUUUUUCUUUUUUUAUUCAAAUUAAAUUUUUGUUGGGAUGGACUUGUCCUUAAAGUGUUAUUUUUAGUCUCAAUUUGCAAGUUAUCUCGUCUUCAACACUGUAUUCUUUGUUCAAAUUAAUUUAUCUUUAUGUUUAUAUUUUGAAUCUUUAAAAAAAAUCCUUUUGAGUAUUAAUCAAAAUUCAUUUUGUUUUCCAGUCUUCACUUCAUCAAGAAAUUCAUUUUCUCAUAUUUUGUGAUCUAUUUGUUUUAUUAUAUAUAAUUUGUUUAAGUAUUUUGGUAACUUAAACUGCUCUGUCACCUAUCAGAUGAUAUCAAAAUUUCAUUUUGUAAUGUGUUGAAUAUAGUGAGCUAUUUGUAAGAUUUAAGAAUAUUUUUGUUGCAAUAUCUCUGGUUUAACUGUUGUUUCAAAUGUAGCUUAACAUGAAAAAAAUCAUUUGGAAAAGUAUUUUUUUCAUCUUGUUGACAGUGUCAUAGAAAAGAGGAUUUAAUCUUUGUUAAAAUUUAAAAUAUACUGCAUUAAAAAAAUAUCUGCCAAAAAUUGAUGUAACAAAGUUAAGAUUUGAUAACAUGAUGGUGGAAAAAGGUCAUCAUUAAAAAAAGCAGUUUAUAUGUACUAUCUAUCUUAACAGGACUCAAAUGACUGUCUUUGAUAACAAUAAGUUUUUUUUCUAUGCUUGGUGUUAUGUAUGCUUAUCUAUAAAAUUAAUAGCUCUGUUUUCAUUUUCUUUUGGCAAGUGCACUCUUAAAAGUUUAGAGAAUUAAAAUUUGAAACAUUUGAAAAUGCUCUUCUCUUAUUCCUGGGGUUAUUAGCAAUUUAGAAAAAUUAAAAAGCUUAAUAUUUCAACUUUUAUGCAUAAAAUGCAUAAAUAUUGAUUUGAUAUAUAUAAUGGUUUCAUUUUGGAAUCAAAGACAGAUUUAGCAGUGUACAUUUAUUUUUGUUUCAAUGUACAAGUUUUUUUUCACCUGUAUGUAAAUGUAAGAUUCAUAUAAGAGGAUUAAAUGUGUAUUAAAUUUUCUGUUAAUAAAAAUAUGAAAAUAGC